GUACAAUGAAUAACGUUCCUUUGUCUCCUGACGGGAAGACGUCGAUUAUAUAAAGACGUCAGACCUUCUCUCGAUAUUUUAAAAUUGACUUUCCCGAGAACACUAAGCAAGAGUAGAAGACGUGCUAGAAGGGGGAAAUCGGCUGUGUUUUAUAAGGUAUGUUCAAUUUUUAAUACCAUACGUUAACGUUCCCCAGACUUUAAUAAGUACCUUUCGUGCAAUUUUCAACUUUCCCAUCGUGUGGUAUUACAAAGCCAAAGGGGCUGUGGGCGACAAAGUUACCGUAAAUAUCGAAGCGCGUAGAAACUUGGCGGAAAUUUGCACACCCUCGCUUUCGAAAUGUAUUAUUUACUAAUUAAACAGCACAUGAUGAUUGGUGCCUAUUUUGCUCGUUUUGAAUGCCGCUUUGGUUUUCAUUAUUCAAUUCGAUAAUAAGCACAGAUGUUGUUAUUAAAACUUGGUAAACUGCGUUUUUACCAUGAUCCGGCACCACGUAAAAAGUGCUGAAGAAAAUCCCCAAAUUUUAUAAGACUGAGUAAAAGUGCUAAUAUCGGAAACAUCGGACUGGCAACCGGCCUACAUUGCUGUGGUGCUUGCCAGCUUGCAAGCGUGGUCGGAGUAACGCUAUAUAGUUAUUUUUCCUGUUAAAUGUUAAUCGUGUGCCUCAAUUACAAAAUAUUUCAAUAAAAAAUAGAAGCCAGUAUAAUAUAUGGUAUACUUGCAGAUUUCCUUCCAUAUUCGUUGCGACUGCGAUUUAUCUUCUUCUGAGAUGGUGUCGAGUCUGUCGACGUGCCUGUGUGUUAUGUGUGUUCCAGCACGUGCAUAUAAACGCCAAACUUCAGUAAAUGAAAAUAUCAAAUCUUUAUGUUUUAAAUUCAUUUGAAGCUGGUGCCAGGUUUUCGCGUUCAACAUAUUUCUCUAUAGUCUAGGAUCUGUAUAUGAGUUUGUAAGCAUUUCAUUUAGGACAGAUAAUCUGAACUGUUUUCGGGCACGUUGACCAUGAUGGUCAACAUGGUAACGCUGCCCGAACCCCAACUGAUCCGGGGCGAAACGUCCGAAACUGACCACACCCAAAAACGACGCUUUCGCCCAGGGACGCCGGAACGAUCAUAAGGGCAAAGGGGGGCGGACCCACAGCAAGGGCACUUCGCCAAAAAAAUUUCGGUUAGUGUACCAUUUUAGGGGUCAAAAAAUUUUUCCGGACAUACCACAAGUGAAAUAUAAACUGUAUUUGUCUGAAUCUCAUAAUUUUCGUACAAAAACCAUCGUUCUAAAUGUGAUUUAUCACGUAUUUUUUUAUAACUAAAAGGGCACUUCUGCCCCCCUGCCCCCCCCCCUAGCAAAAGGCAAGGGGGGCAGCCGCCCCCCCAGUUCCAUCCCUGCUUUCGCCAUAGUGCUAUCUACCAAACCAUAAAAGCUUUGGUUAUUCUGAGGUGCGUAUAUGCUGCAGAGAUGGUACUUUUAGGGGUGGUCAUUGGUAAGUGUAAAAUGCCUAGCACUGAUAUUUCACAAGAAAAUGACCCUGCAAUACACAUAGUCAAACGUCAAUUUGUGACUUACAAAUUCAGAUAAACAGCAGCACACUAAUAUAAGGUUUCUGAAAUGUUCUCUGGUUGCAAAAUUUAUUUUAAAGUGCCUAUAUCACUUGUGGCAUCUUUACGAACUUGGAAAGAGCACAAAAGUUAGUAAGUUCUUCAACCUUUUUUUGAUUUGGUUCAGUAUUUUCCGAGAUAUUGACCUUCAAACAUGACAAUUUUCAAAAAAAUCUGUCGUGCUCGGGCGCCUGGGACUUAGGAACGCAAGCGGAAACAAACACCAUAGAAUUAUAUUAUAUUUUGACGCUGUAAUUUACUAAAGUGAGAACUUUUGCAAGAAAAGUCGGUUUAUUAAGUUCAAAGUCUUUCUCGAUCCGGUACUGAAAAAAGAUCCUAAUAUUGCGCUGAAUAUAAAAUUGAAGGUGAAACGUACAAAACGACUUCAAAAUCAAAUUUGAAAGUGCUCCUUCGUAGAUGGCAUCUAGCUUCGGCGUCGAGCCUGAAAAUGUUGGCAUUUAGAGCUACACUGACGAAAUAUGGGCCAAAUAAUACGUUUGAAAGUUAGAAGAAUUUAACAAGGAAAUAAGGAAAAUCAUUUUCACAUGAAACGGACCUUACAUGUACAGUAUAUCGUGAUAAUUAUUCGUAUUAAAUGAAUAAUUGCUGCGGAGCGAGCGAGCCUGAAGCGAGCGAGCGAAGCAGCAGCCUAAUUUGUGUAGUAGGCAGUAAAAAAGCAGAUUUUUAGCGUCGCAUGGAAUUGUGGUCGUGCGCAUUUGUAUGCGCAGUUUUCAUAAAUCCGUCUCACCGCACUACACAUGCGUAAUUAAAACUCCCUACGUAGCCACCAAUAUUUCUAAUGUCUUCAAAAGUGGACAUAUUUUGCAUCAAGUGAUGUUUCAUGUAUACGGUGGAAGCAUUGAAAGGCCUUCGCUUCGGCAGUCCGGCUUAGCACAAGUUUUCAAAACGAUUCGGUGUUCUAAUUUUCGUUAUUUUUGCAUUGAUUCGUGCGUUGUUCAUUCAAUGGACUUUGGCCACUGACAGUCCUAUACUUUUAUAGUGUAAUAAAUCUGUGUAUAUAGUCUAUAUAAUGUGGUAAAUGCGCCUAGCAAUAAACAGACUUGUAUGAAAUCUGAUAGCAAGCUUGUGUUAUAUAAUUAAUUUAUCUGUAUGUCAAUGAGACGCACAUGUUUAAUAUCUGUCACCUGUGAUUGCCCUUUAACCCCUGGUCUUGGCUACUUUAAUAUAUAAUAUAUACCUCGAUAUAUACUGCUUUUUCGCAGUUCCACUCAUGGUAAGAAUCGAUUCCUUACUGGCUUAAGGUCUUAAGCUCACAGCUCACUUGUCGCUGCGAGUAAUAACCGUACUUGAUAUAUAAUUUGUGCUAUUUACUGUAGUUCUAUUUGCUUUUAAUGCCCGCAGCAAUCCCUACCUUGCAGGUACCCUAGUAUAUUUUCUACUAUGUAAAUGUUGUGUAAAUGUCUUGAAUAUCAGCGAUACCACUAUAACCACAAUGCAAAGCGCUACGAAAACGUAAUAAAGGGAAUCUAGUAUUACCAUAGAUUCCCCUUAGUUGCGUUUUUGUAGCGCUUUGCCUUGUGGUUAACAGUAAAAUAUUCGCGAAAACAUUCGAAUUUGCAUUCGAUCGAGGCCGCUAUCUUUAUCAGUGAUACUUCUAUAACCACAAUGCAAAGCGCUACAAAAACGUAAUAAGGGGAAUCUUCAAAUAAGUUGUAUUAUUGAGAUAUCUAAAUUGAGUAAAAGGAGUAGCUUUUUCGAUUCUAUUUCGUACUGUUGAAAAUCACAAUACAUUUCAUGAUUCAAUGAUUGUAUAAUAGACCAAUUAUAUAAAUACUUGGCUUGAAUUAGCUUUGCUGUUAAUAAUGUUAAAGUUCCCGACAUUCCAACCCUUGCUAAAUAACCUGAACUUGUGAGAAUUGAUAUAUAUAUAUAUAUAUAUAUAUAUAUAUAUGUAUAUAUGUAUAUAUCCCAUUUAUAAAUCAGGAGAUAAGCACAAUCCGUCAAAUUAUAGACCAAUAUCAAUUUUACCAACCAUCAGCAAGAUACUAGAGAAAGCUAUUCAUAAACAGUUAUCUGCAUUCCUUGAUGACAAUGAUUUACUAUCAACGAGUCAGUUUGGAUUUCGUCUUAAUUCCAACACUGUACUGGCUACAGCACAAUUUACUGACAAGGUUUUACAAUCAAUGGAUGCUGGGGAGCUUACUGGAACUGUUUUUAUAGACUUAGCAAAGGCAUUCGACACCGUAAACCAUGGAAUCCUGUUACGUAAGCUACAUCUACUUGGUGCUGAUGACCAUGCUUGUGAAUGGUUUAAAUCUUUUCUCUCCGAACGUUCACAAGUAACAGUCUGUAAUAACGCCCAGUCUGAAACUGCAAAAAUAUCAAUAGGAGUUGCCCAAGGGUCCAUCCUUGGGCCAUUAUUGUUUGUGAUAUAUGUUAAUGAUUUGCCGAAUGUCUUAGAAUCCUGUCACGUCACCCUGUUUGCUGACGAUACAGUUUUAUACUGUUCGUCCAAAUGUCCAAAGCUAUUGGAACAAAAACUGAACUCUGAUUUAACAAGAGUCUGCGAUUGGCUGAAAACGAAUCAUAUCUUACUAUUAAUAUUAAGAAAUCCAAAUUUAUGCUUAUCGGUAGUGGUCCACGCUUAUCAAGAUUGUCCACGUCCUUAGUAACAUCCGUUGGAGAUGCACCCCUGGAAGAAGUGGAGUCAUACAAGUAUCUUGGCGUAAUGAUAAGUAAUAACUUGACAUGGCACGAUCACAUCCAAUUUAUUAAAUCUAAGAUUAAUAAGAAGCUGGGACUACUAAAGCGUAUUAAGAACUAUUUACCGUUACAUAGUAGAAUAUUAUUUUAUAAUUCUUAUAUUUUGCCAUCUUUUGACUAUGCUGACACAGUAUGGGGAGACAGAGGGAAUGAAACCCUUAUGGCAGAUUUACAAAUUUUACAGAAUAAGGUAGCACGUGUAAUUUUGGACCUGGAUUAUGGAUCGUCAGCCAGUUCUGCUUUGAAGAAGUUGGCUUGGAAAGAUCUAAAGACCAGGAGGAUUGUUAACCGUUUGAUAUUGAUUUAUAAAUGUAAGAAUAAUCUUUUCUCUUAUAAUUUUGAAAUCACAUAUCAUCAGGAUAUGCAUGCUUAUAACACUAGGUCUAAGUGUAACAUACGUAAAUCAGCGGCGAGACAUAAAUGGGGACAUUGGACAACGGUCAAUUUUGCCAGCAAUGACUGGAAUGAAUUGCCCCAAGAAAUUCGUGAAGCAAAAGACCUUCAAACUUUUAAAGUCUACUUAAAUAGCUUUAUUGAUACCUAGCUUUAAUUAUCCUUAUAUAUUUAGCCUAGUUUCUAAAUAGCAUUACUAUACUUAUAUUUAAUUAACACUGUAAAGUUUUUUUGUAGUUUAGCAGGACCCUACUGAAAAACACAUUAUUGUGACGUAGGCUUCCUGAUUAAAAAUUGCUUGAAUUGAAUUGAAUUGAAUUGAAUAUUGGUACAAAAAAUAAAGGAAAAAUGCUUUACAAUUCCCCUGAUGACAUCAUAGCCGGAAACUUUGACAGUGAAAAAGUUGAUCAAGAAGGGAUUCUUUAUUAUAGAGAUAACAUUUCUUCUAACGACACAAAUAUUACACGCAUCAAAAAUCAUAUUUAUGGUUAGUCGUGCUUUAAAAUUAUAUUUCUUAUUUUUCAUCUUUUCAAAUUAUAUUUCUUAUUUUUCACUGUUUCGCUCUUUCUCUGUUUCCCCCCCGCUUCAAUCACCGCUUUUUAACCAAAAAUACAAUAAAAUUUAUCAGAAAGCAAGAAGGAAUAGACCAAAGGAACAAAGCAAUUUUUCUAUAGUUCUACGUGUAAAAUUGACCGGCUUGGCAUUCGUCGAAUCUGUUGUUGUCUCAACAGGUUUUGGGAAAAAGUGUGCAAAAGAGCCGAGAGAGCUCGAAAAAGAUACAUGAACAACAAAAACAUCGAAAAAGGCAACAAAACCUGAACAUAAGUGAUUUAAAAAGUACCUUCAAUCCUUCUGAUAACAACUGCUAGAUGUUUUUCGGCGGAAGACAAAAAAUACAAUAAUUUCGAAAAUAAAAACUGAGCAACACGACGAAACCUACGAUUUAACGACUUUCAUGGCAAACCCAGCAGCCCAGAUGCUGAAAAACUUUGGCAAAUUAGUCUGUGUAUCGUUGAUCUUAUUUCCAGCAUUUCAAAUAAUUUUUCCAGCUUUAAAGCAUCAAAAGUUUGUAUUGGUUUGGCAAUUUCGCUCCUUCUCUCGCUUAAAAAUUCAAGCGACAGUAAAAGCAUGCCCGUGACGUCACUGAGUACAUGUUAGGAGAAUUUCAACGUCGAUCUUUUCAGUAAAAUUGUUCACUAUGUAAUAUCUUCUCUUUAUAUUAUAAAAGAAAUAGAAAAACUCGUUUCGUGCGUUUACAGUGCGAUUAUGCAUUUGGGGAAUGUUGGGAGAAUACUCGAGAAACAUGUAAAACACUCGGGUACGUCUCGUGUUCUCGCUUCUCUCGUAUUAGACGGUUUUAGAUAACAAGACGCGGACGUCAAGAGGACGUGAGAUGGCGUGUUAUGGCGUAGCUUUCGCGCAAUUUUUUAUGGCGACGUCGUCUUUGAGGUUUUCAGGACGCGAGAUUGAGAUUUUCACGUACUGACAAAGACGUCAACUAUUUUUUUCAUUUUUAUCCAUAAAAAGGUCAGUAAUACGCAUGCAAACUAUUUAAACUUGUAGUUUUAUAUUAUAUUUGUCUUUUUUUGUAAGAAUUUACUAGCAUAUGGCGUAAAUAAUGGUCUACACAUCACAAUAAACAAGAGUAGUUAUACGCGUAAUGUUCGCAUUUUUAUGCGUGUAGUGCUUGUUUUUUGCAGUAGCUUAUAGUUUAAAACAGUUUAUUCGCAGACAGUUUUACAUCACAAUUUUGUUUUUGUUAAUUCCUGAAUUAAAAAUAACACUCUUUCAUUGACUUUUCCGCAUUUUUUGCAGUUUCUGAAGUAUCUGGGAUAUAAUGGCGGAUAAAAUCGGAGAUAAUGCAACGUCAAUGCCAAAAAAAAGGUGAAUGCACAGCAGUUAUUUAUAAAUUCAACAGUCGUAUAAAUUUAAACUUCAUUUUGUUUAAAUAAUGUCACUAGCUACAGCAAAUGUGUUUUCACAAAUGUGCUGUUAUACACCUUUCCAGAAAUAUUGUUUACAUAAAAUAAACGAAGAGAAAAUUUCACGCUUUAAAUUUAUAUAAAGUACCUGAACCUGGAGUAUUAAAGAAACAGCAUAGCCAUGCCCAGAGCUAGGCAUUCAUCUUAAUAAAAUCUAGCUUCAGCUUCAUUAUUUUCGUUGAACACAUUUACCGAUUUAUACAGAUCCAUAUGUUUGUACUUUUCCCUGAUAGUUGCGUGUUGUUCAACAUAGUUCAUAUUCAACAGAAAAGGACUUACAACCACUUGUUUUUGCAAGGCCACAAGUCGCUUCAGUCGGUUGACUCGGUUGAAGAUUCUCAAGCUUCUAUAGCUUUUUAUGUUUACUGUUGCUAGGUAACAUAAUUCACUUCCUGUUAGGAAUAAUUAAAAACACAACUCAUUUCCUGCGAGAUACUAAUUAAAAACAAAUGUAUUUUCCACGUGACAUGUUACAAAAGCAAACCAAAACAGAUUUAAUAUUUUCAUAUGUUUGUAUCUUAAUACCCUGAAUUUAAAACUUACAUAUAUUUUAUCGAUGUGUAUUUCUAUAUGACAUAUCUUCAAUAUUUAUCUUACAGUAUUUGCUUGUUGUAUAAACUUUGUAAUUGUGAUGUCUAGUAAUUGUCAUAACAUUAGUAAAUAUAUUUUAUUGUAGGUCUAUUAUGGUCUGGUCUGAGCAGAGAGAUGUGACCUUUUUAAGGGAGGUUGCAGCAGAGGGGCUGUUCGCCAAGAAGGAGAAGUCGAGAGAGAGAGGGUCUGGGUGGCAAACCGUUGCCAAUAAUUUAAACCCAAUUUUUGACACGGAGUUGACACCCAGGUCUGUGAGGGAUCACUACAACAGCUUAUCAAAGAAGCACAGAGCAAGGUUGGCAAGAGAGAUGCGAGCGACAGGAGAAGGGGGAGAUGAAUUAACAGAAAGAGAAGAAUUGCUGGAAGAACUGAUGCAAAUAGAAGAGGAAACAGACUUACAUAUGGAAGAAGAGAAUAUAGCAAGGAAGGAAGUGAUUGAAAUGGAGAAAGCGAAAGGAACGGAAAUGCGAGAACGGGCAAUGGAGUGUUUUGGGGAGUCGAGAAAGAGGUUGGCCGAGCAAUUGGGGAAGGAGAAAGAGGCAAAGAAAACCAGGAGAACGUCGGGAGAGGUAUUUGAGUGGUUAGGCAAGAGGAUGGAACUGGAAACAGAAAAUAAGGAAAAAGAGCGAAUGGAAAGAAAAGAGGAAAGAGAAUUUCAACGUGAGCAAGUACAGCAGCAGCAGGAUCAGCAACAGCAGCAGUUUGCAAUGCUACAGCAUCAGAUGGUGGCUUUGAUGCAACAACAGCAUCAGCAAACACAAUUAGUGUUUGAACUUAUUCGGAAAAACCAAGAAUAAACAUUUCAUCAUGUUAACAUAUUUAAAACAAGUCAAAUACAUUUAUUUAUACAGUGUUAACAGUUUUCAACAAUUUUAACAAUAUUAAUUUUAAUUAAUAUAAUACAAUUCAAUGUGAUUAAUUAUGUAUUCAAUGUUAAUAUAAAAUAAUUCAAUGUAUCAAUCAUUAUUAAUGUAUUCAAUCAACAUAUUAAAAAAUGUUCAAUCAAUUUGUCUAAUUUUAGGGACCGUUCAUGAUUUAUCAAUUUGUCUAAUUUUAGGGACCGUUCAUGAUUUAUACCUGGGGUUGGUACCGAAGAAAAGCAAAAAACACUGUAGUAAAUCUUUUAUUUACCCAACCUCAACAAUGGUCAAAAUAAUGUUUACCCAACCCAUGUGUUACAGACUGUACUUCUUAAUAAUUAAACACACAAGAUUAUGGUGACAUAAAUCAAGUCGCCUAAAUUCUAAAAGCUCGCUCAAUCUCACUGAGUGUGCCAAAGCAAUCACAUUUCUUCUGAUCAAUGAUAGAGUCCUUCCUCAAUCACUGACGGUCUAUUUUGGUACAGAAUAUAUGUAUUGUACACAUUUUUAUUCAUAUUUUCCAAUGCAUGAUAUUAAAAAUUUUGAUUUUAUUUUAUUUUAUAGCUGACAAACAGCCAUAAUUUUUUUUACCCAACCCAUGAGCUAGUCAAAAACGUGAUUACUCAACCCAUAUCUCUUCGGUACAAACCCCGGGUAUAAAUAAUGAACGGUCCCUUAGUUCAUGUAAUUUAAGCAAUUUACCAAAAAUACUGGUCCAGUGUAGGUGGUUGAAGGUCAAAUGUUUGUGAGACAAUAUUACCAUAAAGGCAAGUGCGAGCAUUCUCAAGUAGUGCAGAAACAACAUACAUCUUACCUACUGCACUCAAGUGUACUUUCAUCUGCCUCUUAAAAUCUAUAAAACUGAAGUAUUUGGUUAUAUUUCCAAACAUCCACUCCACUGACACUCUGACAGCACUCAUGGCUUUGUUGUAGGCUUGCAUUUCUGGGGUAAUGCCUCUGCUUGGAAAAGGUGCCUGAAGAUGAACAUUUAAUGGGUAAGCUGGGUCACCAUACAAGCAAAGAGGUUGGCCAUUAUAAUGGGCAACACGCCUUAGGUUUGGUAGCAAGCCAGAUUCGUAUAACAUGGUACUGUCGUGUCGUCUUCCCUCAUAUGGACCAGCAAGAUUUGCAAUGAGGCCAUUUGGUAUUACCACACUCUGAAACUUGAUGGCAUGAACCCUUUUGUGACCAUUAUACAGCACUCGUUGAAGGUAUUUGGGUCUAGCGAUCCGCCGAACAGUGCCAUCCACAAAACCAAAACAGUUUGGAAGAGGUGCACCGUGGUUGUAAAUGGUAGUUGCAUAGGUAUUAAGUUGCUCAGGGGAUAGAAACGGUUGAUCCCAACUUUCGAGGCGAUGGUGAUGGUACUGGUAGACAUGGUUGAGGACUGUAUUGAAAAUCAGACACAGUGUACUUGGAUUUUUUCCAAAGCGAGUGGCCAUAUCAGAGUACCUACAUGGGUAGGCCAGUCUCUUCAACAGGAUACAUAGGGCUUCCAUACCAUUACAUAUGCUCCCUUGCACACAGACAAUCUUCUCUGGUAUUUGCAAAUAAUUAUUAAGUAACUCCAAGUCACUUUUUGCGAAUCUUAGCUCGGUUCGGCAUUCUUCGUCACUCCAAGAUGCCAGGUUAAACUCGUCAAAUUUCCAGUAGGGGAAAACAGCUUUUGAACGACUGUAAUCAUACAGCAACGAGAACUCAACAUCAGAAAUAUAAUUCAAAUCAUAAGCAAUAACUGCAGAAUCACGAACAUCUUGCAAACUACGACCCGCCAUCGAUAAUAUCGUUUCAAAAAUAAAAAUUAAAAAUAUAGGACACGACAACAUGACGAAAGCUGAUGUGAAUUUUAUUUAAAUAUUUCUAUAUUCAACGGUUUUCAUCCAACUUCAUAAGGAAGAAAUACCUGAGAACUGUAGCCUAUCAUAAUAUCAUUUAUAUAAAUCGUUUCAUAACAAAUGUUAUUUGAAAGUCACUAUUACGUGUCCGUUUGAACAAUAUCACUUAACUGAUAGAAAUAUUUUGUCCAAUACCAUCAGAAUAUUAUGAUUUCAUCUUGCCAAUUCGGUUUGAUUACUUGGUUCACGUUUUGUUUAUUGUCAUGAGACAAAUAGUAAAAAAGAGUACGAGUUUAUUUAGAUCAUUUGCAUAGCUGUUUCAAAUGACAGGAAGAAACCUUGAUUACUGUUCGAGAAUACAAAGCAACGUCCUUGAAACGUCGCAGAUCACUUUCCUAAAUACAUUUUUUUUGUAAACACGACGGCGUUCUCGACCCAGUUUCCCUCGGUCAAAUGACGUCCUCUUGACGUCCGCGUCUUGUUAUCUAAAACCGUCUAUUCUCCAAACAUACCCCACGUGCAUUAUCACACUAUAAACGCAAGCGAUUCGUUUUCUAUUUCUUAAAUAAUGUAUUACCUGCCUCCAAAUAUAAUAUCGUGCUGUCAUGGCACAUAGGCCAUUUCGGAAUACUGCAUGGUUAAUCCAAUGUUUAAAAGAUAUAGACGAGGGGUUGCUGCAUGCAUGUAUUUCUAGUAAUUAUAAUGAGAGUGAUUUACAGACAGGUGUUAUUUAAUAAUCUAAUUGUAGGGAACACUUUUUCAACACUGAUUUGACAGAAUCGCAUGACCUAGGGACUUUAUAUUCCUUUGUUAUUCUUAUUUUAUGUAACAGUAUGAAGAAUUAGACUGACGUCAUCUUUGGUGCCAUUAUUUCAUUUCAACAUCCACUUUAUAUAAUAAUAAUAAAAGUUAUCACACCACAAAACUGCGCUAAUCACUGCACAGAUCUAAUUUAUCACUGCACAAAUUGGUUAUCACUCAGCCUUAAUAUAUAUAUAUAUAUAUAUAUAUAUAUAUAUAUAUAUAUAUAUAUAUAUAUAUAUAUAUAUAUAUAUAUAUAUAUAUAUAUAUAUAUAUAUUAAGGCUGAGUGAUAACCAAUUUGUGCAGUGAUAAAUUAGAUUUGUGCAGAUCAUUAGAUUUGAUCACAAUCAGGGCCGUCGCGAAGAGGCUAAAGCGGGGGGGUGAUCCCUUUUUUGCCGACAACAAUCUACCACUAAGGGCCUGUUCAUAUCAUCCGGGCUGGCGUGGUAAACCGGGCUGACUUCCAAGAGGCGAGAUCUCGCCUCGUAUAUUGUUUUUACACGUUUUUGAGAUUUGAUUCACACCAGAACCGGGCACCCGUUUGAGCGAGGCGAGAUCUCGCCUUCCCUGGCUCAUACGACGACUAUGAACCAGAUUAACGUUACCGUUAACACACGCAGCGACGAAUGCGAUUGUAAAUCUUUUUGGUUUCGUGCCGUGUCCGGAAACUCUGAAUCAGGAAAAUUUGUGGGAACUUCGUAUCCGGAAACAUUUGAAUCCGGGAGAAAACUCUCGUGUAAACGGCUUUCCGUAAAGAAUCCGAAUCAAUUUGCCGGUUUCGGUUUAAAACUUUUCAAAUCUAUUGCUAUUAAAUUCAACCGCCAAACAGUAUCAAAACAUCGUAAAAUACAAGGGCGGAUUUUCAUAUUUUCUCUGGGGGGGGGUGUGUGCAAAAAAUUCCGGUGGUGGUGGAGAUGAUCAUGUACAGGGACGGAUCCAGGCUAGGGGUUUUGAUCACCGGUUACUAGGUUCACCCAUAUAUAUCUUAUAUACACUAGAUAGUGCAUCUAAUUAUUCUGCAAUUCAAAAAUUGAAGCCGUGAUUGCAGUCUUAGGUCGUUCCCAUGAAAUGAGAAGAUUUGUAUGUUUUCUAUUUCUUAAACAGGAAACUUAAACAUUAAGUUAACCCUAUUCCAAAUACGUUUUAAACUAUUCAAAUAAUGAAAGUUAUUGUUGUUUUUAAGCGUUUAUUAGCAAGUGGGAACGACCAACAUGGCCGCCAUCUAUUCAAAUGUGAGUAACCGCUGGAAUAUUCUUGGCUUCAAUUUUACUAAAAGAGAUGUGCUAUCUAGUGUAUAUCAGACAACUAUGGGUUCACCCAACUAAUAGGGGCGGGUCCGGGGCAUACCCCCGCCGGAAAAAAAUUAAAAUUUGAGGCUCUGAAACAGCAUUUCCUGCGUUCUAGCGUCACUUUUAAAAUUAAUUUAAUGAUUAGGAAAUGCAUGUUUUUAAGUGAAUUUUUGACUAAUACGCGGCUCAAACAAUGAAUUGAACCUUUUCCGAAGCGUAUUAGCUAGUGCCUAGUGUUAAAAAUAUAGGAUUCACUAAUUGCUGACACAUCGAUUUAGAUCUACACGCUUUCAAUCCAACUCUAACGACGAACUAAAAACCAAACUGCAAGAGCGUGAAAGUUUCGCAAUCAUUUCCUGAUUCUCAAUCGCCAAACCAAUGAUCAGUGGGUCUAAAUACGCUCGGUCCAUAAUCAAAUUUCAAAAAUAGAUUAGACAACAUCAAUUUCAUGAAACAGAAUCUACAUGGAAGGUUAUAGAUUUUCUUUCUUUGGAAAAUCUGGCAGGUUUAUGCAAACCUGUCUGAAUCCGCCCACUGAUGUAAAUGUGCACACAUGUGGUGCCAAUGAGCACGUGAACUUAUUUUUUGUAAUUGUGUUUUACUUUUACGUCAAUUUGCUGCAAACAGGUGUAUAUAGAAACAUGUUAAUUUGAAUAUUUCUAUCUUACUUAACGGUAGUUUAAUUUAGUGCAUUUAAAUUUUGGCAGGGACAGGCGGGGGUGUGCACAUCCGUCCUUGGUAUAAUAUCUGUAAGAGGGUUAAAAUUAUUUACUUUAUAUUGACCAUCGCUGUGCAGGGUUGUGUAGUGUAAACUGUCUGAAUCCGCCCCUGAUGUGAAUGUGCACACAUGUGGUGCCAAUGAGCACGUGAACUUAUUUUUUGCAAUUGUGUUUUACUUUUACGUUAAUUUGCUUCAAAAAAGUGUAUAUAGAAACAUGUUAAUUUGAAUAUUUCUAUCUUACUUAACGGUAGUUUAAUUUAGUGCAUUUAAAUUUUGGCAGGGACAGGAGGGGGUGUGCACAUCCGUCCUUGGUAUAAUAUCUGUAAGAGGGUUAAAAUUAUUUACUUUAUAUUGACCAUCGCUGUGCAGGGUUGUGUAGUGUAAACUGUCUGAAUCCGCCCCUGAUGUGAAUGUGCACACAUGUGGUGCCAAUGAGCACGUGAACUUAUUUUUUGCAAUUGUGUUUUACUUUUACGUUAAUUUGCUUCAAAAAAGUGUAUAUAGAAACAUGUUAAUUUGAAUAUUUCUAUCUUACUUAACGGUAGUUUAAUUUAGUGCAUUUAAAUUUUGGCAGGGACAGGAGGGGGUGUGCACAUCCGUCCUUGGUAUAAUAUCUGUAAGAGGGUUAAAAUUAUUUACUUUAUAUUGACCAUCGCUGUGCAGGGUUGUGUAGUGUAAACUGUCUGAAUCCGCCCCUGAUGUGAAUGUGCACACAUGUGGUGCCAAUGAGCACGUGAACUUAUUUUUUGCAAUUGUGUUUUACUUUUACGUUAAUUUGCUUCAAAAAAGUGUAUAUAGAAACAUGUUAAUUUGAAUAUUUCUAUCUUACUUAACGGUAGUUUAAUUUAGUGCAUUUAAAUUUUGGCAGGGACAGGAGGGGGUGUGCACAUCCGUCCUUGGUAUAAUAUCUGUAAGAGGGUUAAAAUUAUUUACUUUAUAUUGACCAUCGCUGUGCAGGGUUGUGUAGUGUAAACGCCGCACGAUCCGUAUAUUUGAAAACAAUGAAUUUGGAUAAUUUCGCAAAUCAAAAAAGGGCCAGCCCAGCAAACCGUAUAUUAAUAACUAGUGAGUAAAGAAUGACCAAAUUUAAAACCUUGAAUGAUCAUAAGCAACUGAGCACUGAGCAACACUUUCUAUUUUACAAAUAUUAAUAAAGUGAACAUGUCAUGCCGUUAUGGCAGCUCUUCUCCGGCGCAGAAAUUAUUUUGAAGUUCGUAGCGGAACAAAUAAACCACAUGGCACUAAGCACAGGGAGCAGAGGAGUCGAGUAAAUCGAGUUUGUCUAGUAAAACAAGACAAACACCGUCUUACCUUGUUAAUUGUAAUAUAUUUCAUUGUGGAAAACCAAUGUGUGCAUUAAAAAAUGCAUAUUUUUGCUGUCGAGCCUCAGCUCGGCAGCACACUAUUCUUGACGUUCUUUCUUUUUCGUGUCCAGUCCCCGCGGCCGAUUUAUGUAUAGUCGAAAUCUCGAUUUGCAUUCGGUGGAGAUUUCGGCACUCCAGGGGGCUCAUUAAGUAUACAUUCAAGUUCGUUUGUAAAAUGAGGGGGUUGUUCAACAACAUUUUCUUCAUUGCUGCGAGCAGGCUACUCGAAGAUGUGUCUUUAAAGUGUUUUAACCGAAAUUUUCAGUACAUCAAAUGAUCAUAUCUGUGAGUUUAGUUUAUAUACUCAGUGUUUAUUUAUUGAUGUGUUGAACCGGUUUAAUAAAGUUGCGAAUACCGAGGGAAACAGGGUUCAUAUCUCUGCUAGCGCUAUGAAGACUACUAUGUCUUCUUCCACAUUCCAUCUCGGGCGAAUCAACUGUGGCAAUGUUUGCCGAUGAUACCAAGUGCUACCGUCCGGUGAAAGAUUUACCCGAUUGCGAAAGUCUGCAGAAUGAUCUCAAUAAUCUCGUGAACUGGUGUACUAUCUGGAAGAUGGACUUACAUAAGUCUAAAAUGCGGAGUAAUGAGCUUCACAAGAAGUCGCCAACCAGUCACAACAAAUUAUAAACUACUGGAUAGUUCUCUGAAGCAACUAUGUCAUCAAAAAGACCUUGGGAUUGUUGUUACAAAAGAUCUCAAGUGGACGAAACAGGUUGAAGAAAUAACAUCAAAAGCGAGCUCAAUGCUAGGCUUCAUUCGUCGAACAGCCUCCGACACGCAUAACAUCCACGUGCGAAAGGUGUUGUACCUGUCCUUAGUGCGCAGCAAGUUAGGAUAUGCCAGCCAGGUGUGGGCACCUCAAACUGUCAGCGACAUACUGUCAAUAGAACGGGUUCAACAUGGCGCGACCAAAUUCAUCCUUUCCCUUCCUUACAGAACAGCCACAACAUACAGGGAACGACUACUGGUUAUCGGUAUUCUCCCAGUCUGCUAUUGGCACGAAUUUCUGGACUUAGUUUUUCUUUACAAGAGUAUUCUAAGCAACGAUGUCAAUGUGUCAAUACGAACAACCACCCGGACGACUAGAAACGCUGACCCUGUCAAUGGUAUUCUUCUUAAUGUAUCUCGAUGCAGGACAGUUAGCUACAAGAACAAUUUCUAUGUGAGAGCGCCUAGCGUAUGGAACAUUCUCCCUAGCAAUAUUCGUGACACUUCAAGAUCAUUAGCUUACUUUAAAAUCUCUUUAUUCAAUUACUACUUAAACCUUUUAGAACAAAUAUACAACCCGGACAAUCCUAGAACAUUUAAGUCCGUGUGCGUCAAAUGCCACUCAACUCGGUCUCUUGAUAGUUUAUUAGUGAGGACAUGUUGUUGACAUUUUAGCAUAAUUUGUUUUAAUGUUAUAUAUUGUAACUUAUUGUGAGGGGCCCCAUAAUUGGAAAUUAUCUCUGUGGCUAGUCCCUGCCCGAAUUGCAUGUAAAUUUUGUAAAGUAUUAGUCUUAUUUAUGUCUGUUAUGUUUGGCGAAUCUUGUAAAAUAAAAUGUCUAUGGCUACCUACUUUAUGGCUACCUACAGUACUACAAAUCGCUGGCUACUAUGUAUGAAAGAAUUUAAGAAUUUAUAAACUAUUGUUUGUUCAAAGUCGAGUAUUGUCAUUAUAAUUUUAGUCAAAUGUCCACAAUAUGCCUUACAGCAUUAAAAUUCGUGCAGCGCUGGGUGCGCAAAUAUACUGCGCGAAAUAUAAUCCGCGUGAUUACAAUAUUCAUCGCAUGCUGUUUUAAAUUAAAUCUCUCCAUGUUACAAAUAAUAUUUUAUAUUUUCAAAUGAUAUUUUACAUAUACCGUUGUUUAAUGUUUACGUGAAUUUCAAAUUCAAAAUUCGAUACUAAUUACAACUGUCAAAAUGAAGUUCUACUUCGUCUUUGGUCAAUGUUCAAUGCGUCUUCCGGUUGUAUUCAUUCCGUCAUAGGGUGUUGUGGUGCAAAUGCGACGAAAGAUCUGCAAUGUUUCCUCCCUUUCUUCGUUUCCUAUUCGUUGCCCUCUCGGCCAGUGUUCGUUGGCUUUUCGGAAAAUACGAAUCUACGGCAAUGCAAGGCAGCGGAGUAUAUUAAUAUAGAAAUUCAUAUCUUGGUAAAUAGUUUGGUUUGUAUUCGAUGAUUUUGAUGAAUAAAUAUGCAUUUUUAAUGCACACAUUGGGAAUCUACAACGAAAUAUACUACAAUUAAGGGGCUGAUUACAUGGAGAGUUCAGCUAGCCCGGGCUGAGUUUCAGCCCGGUUAAACGAACUGAAAUUGCAUCACGAUUACAUGAGCAGUUUGAGCCCGGGCUGAGUUUAGUCAGAGCUAUGUUAUAAUCAAUUAACCCGGGCUGAAAUGUCCACUUUGAAGCGUUCAGACGCUGAUUAGUCAACUAUUUGACUUGUGUGAGACUGUAGUUACCAUAAAUAUCUUAUAUACACUAGAUAGGGCAUGCAUCUCCUUUAGUAAAAACUGAAGCCAAGAAUAUUCCAGCGGUUACCCCAUUUGAAUAGAUGGCGGCCAUGUUGGUCGUUACCACUCGCUAAUAAACACUAAUAAACAACAAUAACUUUCAUCAUUUGAAUACUUUAAAAAUGUAUUUGGAAUAGGAUUAACUUAAUAUUUAAGUUCCUUGUUUAAGAAAUACGAAAUAUACGAAUCUUCUCUCAUUUCAUGGAAACGACCUGAGACUGUAAUCACGGCUUCAAUUUUUGAAUUGCAGAAUAAUUAGAUGCACUAUCUAGUGUAUAUAAGAUAUCUAUGGUGGUUACAUGUAAAGUAUUUUUAAAAAGAUGAAACAAACACGCAAAAUAAAGCCAUUUAAACGGUUGUUUUAUUAGCACGGGUUGAAAUUGUUUGCGAUUACAUGCUGCUGGGCUGAGUUUCAGCCCCGACUGAAAUUUCAGCCCGGGCAGCUCAAGCCGGGCUGAAAUUUCAGCCGGACUGGAAUUUUGAUUAUGUAAUCGCUUGCUGUGUUUUAAUACGAUUUUAUCCUUAGGCCGGGCUGAAAUUUCAGCCAGGGAAACCGGGAUGAAACUCAGCCCGGGCUGAAAACUCUCCAUGUAAUCAGCCUCUAACAAGGUAAGACGGUGUUUGUUUUGUUUUACUAGAUAAACUUGACUCCUCUGCUCACUGUGGAGCGCAGAAAAUAUUUUGAAGUUCGUAGCGGAACAAACUAAGUUAAUCUCAAAUAACCCACACUAAGCAAAGCAUUUUAAUACGUUCGUAUUAUUUGUAUUUUAUGUCAUGUUCUCUGUGAUUUUUAAAAAAGCCAGAGGUUCUCUUCGCCUCCUGUAAAUAAAUAUGAGUGGGAAGAAGUAUAGGUUUUUUUGAGGCAACGAGGGGAUAUGCGAUUUAUUCACCGAGACGCGCAGCGCCGAGGUGAAUAAACACAUAUUCCCGAGGUGCCUCAAAAUAACUUACUUAUUUUUCACAUUGCGAGGUCGCGUUAAUGAGUCAGAAUAGAAAUAAUUCUUAAUGCCAUAUUCUCGUUUUUGUGCUGCAAAGACACUGCAGGUGAAAAUUAUAGAGGGGAUUAUUAAACGGAAAUUGAUUAGAGGGGAAUAUUGAAUAUAUUCCCCGAUAAGAACAAAGGAAACCGAGCAGGGUGAACUGAUAAGGCGAAAGAUACGAGAACCUCUGCCAACCAGGGUAGACCACAGGCGGCCCAAUCUCCGAAUGUUCUAUAUAUUUUGAAUAUUUAUACGGAAUAUUUAUCCGUUAUAAUAUUUGAUUACGAAAUAAUUCAAAAAAUAUUAGCAGUAUAUGUAAAAAAUAUAUCUAACUUGUUAAAGUAGGAUGCAUGCAUUUUGCCGUGUUUCUGAGUUUAGUUUGUACGUUUUCGUCGUACUUAAACGGUCGUCAGUACUGGCACUGAACGACAUAAUAUCUGAUAUACUCUCCGACAUCGUGUCCAAUAUUUCUCCUCAUAUUUGUUGCAGAGCAAUAGAUUUCACAUCGCCUAAUAGUAUAGGCCUACUCUUGGGCGGUAAAUCGCCUUAAAUCGCUGCGAUAUAAUGCGAUUUUGGGCGAUUUUAGGCGAUUUAAGGAAAAACUGGGACUUUCAAGCACUGCGAUGUAAUGCGAUUUUAGGCGAUUUAAGAGAAAAUUCUAAAUUUUAGGGAUUGCAAUUUAGACCUGUGUUUUCAAGGUAAUUGAAUUUUAUAUUUUGCUCCGGUUUCAUCCCACAAGGCAAAAUAUGGCAGGGUGGGUUAGAAUAAACACAGUUAGAAAAGUGAUAUCAUAUUCUCAUUGUUUAAUAAAGAUAUACAGUCUAGACUAACAUAAGUAACCCUAAUACUUUAUGUAAGCGGUGACUGAAAAGCCCCAAAGGGGAGUGAGCUGAAUAAUGUAAUGUUUUCACACACAUUGACACAUAUGCAUUGUAUGAACAUGUAUGUACAUUUUAUAUAAAGCUAGGUUAAUAAUUAUUGUAUUUAACCCGAAUCAUAUAUAAAGCUCAAUAUUUGUGAACUUUUCAUCCAUUGUCUUAUUUAGAAGCCAUUGGAGUUCAUCUUGUGGGGUCAUGUGGUCAUGCAUUCAUGGCUACAUUAUAUACCACAAAUAUUGUAAACAGUUAAUAAAUAUACUCUACUUAAGGGGCAUGUACGGUACAUAAUUGCAAAAUACCAACCUAUAACUAAACUACACAUGUCUUAGGCUAAACUUUAAUAUUAUUAAUUGCAAAAUAUAAUAGAUAUUUGAUUUCCAAAAGAACCACAGCCAACAGGGAGUAGAAACGCACAAUAUAUUUAUACAGUUACAAUAAGCUAUAUUCAUAUAAAUUACCUUGUCACCCUUGUAAGUGAAAUUGUCUUGUUUUGUAUCUUGUCAACACUUCUUUAUUUAGCUUGCAUUUUAUUUAAACUGUUUCAACAAACAUGUUCUAUAAAAUUAUGUUUGAUAUCUAUAUCCAGAAACAGUUUGAAACAGUAUUGUCACGCAUUCGGAAACUGUUGGCGUAAUGCCGUAAAGUUUAAUUUACAUGAAGUACAUCGCAUAUAAAUGGUCGGAAUUCUAAAUUAUUUAAAAAAAAUACUAAACAAAAUGAUGUUAAACAAAUGGCACACCGCGUACUACAUCGUGGUUUUAAGUCUUUUACCUGAUAAUUUGUCAAGUGUUCUGCAAACAAGCAACAACAAAGAUUGUAUGGUAUGUACGAUGUAAUCAUUGUUCUACUGUUUAUUUUAUAUACAGGUCUGGAAAAUUUAAUAGAUGAGAGUUGCAAAACUUGCAAAUCUCGCUCAUAUUAAACCUCACGUAUGUUUUUCGUAUGAUAGCCAAUAUAAUUAUAACUAGGAGCUAGAGUAUAACCAUGCACAUUUCGAAGUACAACCAUUGUAUACAAUGCAGUGCUCGAUCUACAUGCAACAGUGCAUAAAUUGCAGGAUGACCUUAUUAUAUACUCGUUGUUCUAACAGCAAUUAGGCUUUGAGAAGCCGUGUAUACUAUAGAUUAAUUUGUAGCCCAGCCACCAUAGUCCAUAUAAAUUGUAGCCCAGCCUCCACAUUUUACACCAAUAAUGAAAUUAACCAGUAACUCAAUUUUGUUGCUGGUAGUGUAAUGGAAUCUAUGGGUCUUUCAUAUCUUAGAAUUGCCUAAUUAUUGUAAAAUCUGCAUAAAGCAGAAAAAGGCUCUGUUUUUAUUAACGACCGGAGCCUAUUGAGUGACUAAAUAUUGUCAGCCUAAUCCACUUAUUUGAUUUAUCCAUGUUGCAUUACUUUUGAUUGCAAAACACCUGGAUUAUACAUGAUUUGCCAGGUGCAAAAUAGCAGCAAUUGAUAAACUUGAGUACAUUAUUGACUGAAUGUAUCAAACAGAAUGCAUGUUGGCGAGUUAAUGCGAUUUUAAGCAUGGGCGUACGGGAAGGAAAAUAUUAGGGGGUUGGAAAGAAGUGAUUGGGGGGGGGGGGGAGAAGUGAUUACAAAAAAUUCCUAUUAGAUAGCAUAUUUCCCACAUAAUUGACAGAAUUUCCCACAAAAUUGACAGAAUUUGUCCCAUUUAUUUCUAUAAUAAACCAAUAUUGCCCGACUGUGAAGCGAAUAUUGCCCGGCUGGCUUUGUUUGCCCAACAAAGCCAGGGGGCGACCGCCCAGCCAGAAACUGGGGGGAGGCGGUCGCCCCGUUCACCCCCCAAACCCCUCCCACCCCCACCCAGUACGCCCAUGAUUUUAAGCGAUUUUAGGCGAUUUAAAGCGAUUUUAGGCGAUUUAAGAGAAAUUUGACCAUUUUAACCCGCGAUUUAAUGCGAUUUUGGGCGAUUUUAGGCGAUUUAAGGCGAUUUACCGCCCCAGAGUAGGCCUUAGUAUGAACGUUCCUUUUUCGAAAGAACAUGGUUUGUUCACCAUUUCGGCAAUUCCCGUGACACACGACGAACUUUGUUUAUUCAAAAUUCAAUAUUCGAUGGAAGCGUUCACUACAUGAUUGUUGCCACGAGAGCGGCUCAGCAACCUGGCCUCCUCGUUCGAAAACACUCCGCCAGGGGGAGGAGAGGAUCUGCACAGGAAUGAGGGGCUUUCAACGCAACACGAUAAAAAGCACGAUAUAAAUAGAAAUGAUUACGUAUUCGACAAUAGACAAAUUUUGAAUUGGUUCUAUUUUUGGAAGCGUGAGAAAAUUAGAAAUAUCUUUUAUGUAAUAACUACAGUGAAACACGCAAUUUGACUGGCCAAUAGCCGUGGAGGAUCAGGCUAUCCUUCACGAGGAAUUAAAAUGCCUUCACGGGAUUUUCGCGGGAUUCUCAAAAUGUCAUUGUUUGACGGUAGUUAUUUUAUAAAACAAUUACCAAAUGGUUUUGCAAGCAGGAUAGCGUGAUCCAUGUACUUGGGAUGUUGCUCGACUUUCGGAAAGCGUAAAAAUACACUCGCCUGCGGCUCGAAUAUUUUUACGCUUUCCGAAAUUCUGCGACAUCCCUCGUGCAUGGAUCAUGCCAUCUAUCCUGCACGGAAAACCAUUCGGUAUUCCUUUAGUUCUGAACUUUUCCCUACAUAUUUUUUAGAACUAAAAGGUUAUUUACUUAUUAUAACAUUUAGUUUUUGACAAUCAUACCAAUAUUUUUAAAGUAUUGAACUUGACGGCGUUCAACCGUAUGUCUUAUUUCUAUGUUACAUAUACUGCUAAUGUUUUUUGAAGUAUUUCGUUGUUAAAUAUUAUAACGGUCAAAUGUUCCGUAUCAAUGUUCAAAAUGUAUAGAACAUUCAGAGAUUGGGCCGCCUGCACGGUAUGACGUCUACAUCUAGGGAAAUUUGAGAACACGAAGUCCUAUUAAGUUACACAUCUGGUAUAUACUUAAUCUGUGCCAUAGAUUAAGUAUGGAUUAUUCGUCAUUUGGUAAUACGUCAUUGCGUAAUACGUCAUUGCUUUCAAAUGACGUAAUGUUUUCAUUUAAUAUCCAAAACACCGUCUUUGCAAUGAUUCCCUUUGAUUUGGUCGUUUCGUGAAAUGAUGAGUUCAAGGUGUAAAGUGUAACAACACCUUGACCUCUGUACUCGUUUCUUUUUCAGUUUGAAAGCAGAAUGGCGAGCAGUAAAGAAUUACGUGUCCCAAAAGAAUGGAACAAAUAUCACCCAGAUAUCGCGAAGGAGUCGAUAGAUCCAGAAUUAUUCUCCGAAGAUGAACUCUUCUCAUGGUUAGAAGAACUUGAUUUGAGUCACAACAAGUCCGAAGUAGCAAAAUAUGUCCAGGGUGUAAGACCUUACCACUUGAUGCGUCACCAGGUUGUACUUCUUCCUAACAAUGCAUUAUGUAGACAACUCUUUAAACUCUGGACAAAGGCGGAAGUUGCACUAUUUAUAAGUGACGAUGUCUUGGAAACAUUAAGCGAAGUUGAGAUGCACCAAAUCUGCAACGCUAUUCAAUUAUUGGAUGAUCAGAUACGUGAGCAAUUUCCCCGAUUUCCAACCAUCGCUGAAAUGAAGCAGUCUUUGUUGCAGCAGAAGGUUGACGAGAAGUUCAUUCCGCACGUUAUAUAUUUUGUAGAUUUUGCAAAUAACGUAGCAAAAUCUAUUAUCGACCAAGGUAAUUUUUCAAAAGAAGAUGUGAAUGAUUAUUGGAGGCGAUUAGUUGUUAUGAUUACGCUCUACUAUCAAGGUGUGGAGGUGGAGGUCAAGCACAACGUUGGCCCGUAUUCCGAAGAUGUCUGGACGCGUCUUCUUUCAGCUGCAGUCAUGGUAUGGCUACAUGCCCAAGAAAUUGUGGCAGGUUCUGUGAUAAAAAACACUGAACAGGUGUCGCUCUUAAACGAGUUGUAUUUCCUUGCAUCAGUCUAUUCCAUGGUCUCCAAUGAUAUCUAUUCCUACCGCAGAGAAAUGAGAUUAGAUGUCAGCGUUUGUAAUAUGGUCCAAACAAUUGCUGGCAGCAAAGAGACUUCUGCGGAGACCGAUGCUGUUAUAAAAUGUGUUGAAAUUCUCAACGCGGUAGUAAAGACAAUGUAUCAGAAGAUUGAGAAGGCCAAGCAGAAAAACCCGGCGAACCAAGACCUGUGGAAAUUGUUGGACAACAUUGGCAUGGCUACAGUAGGUUGGUAUUAUUUUCAUCAUUAUAGUCCUCGUUACGAUGACUCUCUUUGGCGUCUCUCUAUAGUUGAGGUUGAAAAUGAUGAGUUGCAAGAAUGGCGGAAAGGCAAUGACGAAGAACAACUACAAGAAGUAUUACCCUUAUUGCUCAAAUGUAGCCCAAAAGCAAAGAAAAUCAGUGAUACAGUUAUAAGUGGUGUGGUUAAUAUGCAUGCAAAUCUUUUGCUAGAAUGACUGCCAAACAAUUACUUUAUUUCAAGAUAAUAUUUUAUGAAAAAAAAUUGAUUUAUGGUUUAAUUAAGUUCAAUAACUGACAAAUAACGAACAGUAAAUUAUGAUAACAUUGUUCUUCCGUGUUGAAAUUAUUUAUUGACACGGACGAACAGUAUAUAGCUGGUACAAUAGUAAAGAGUAUCCUUAUUUGAAACUUCCAAUAAAUUUAGAUUUGUAGCUUUCAUGUUAUUUUUAGACUGCAUGCAAAUCGAUACAUUAUUUAACGUUUUAUUUCAACUUCCUGGUAGCUAAAACUCAGCGCUGCCACGCUCACAGAAAAUUAGCAGGAAGAAAUCAGACUUUGGGAACGGCAUUGUCUUGGUGCUUGCAAUUAAAAUGCUAAAAUGCCUUCCAGUCAUCGAAAAACCCUCCUGCGCGGCGAAUUAUCCUACCCCUGUAUUCUGUUGCCCAAGCUUUCAGCAAGUCACACACCUUCAACAAACCCCUAGCUUCUACUGGUCCAAAAUAACUGGACCUCGUGAUUCGUGUGUGACCUAACCAAAACAAACUCGGAAAGCGAUUACAUUACCGACAGUAAGUCGAAAUCAAACGUUGAUGUAUCGUUUAAAAUAGCGUAUAAAAGGAAGGGACAUUUAAAUUAAUAAGUAAAGCACGCUAUCGCAGGCGUGGUUGUUGCACUAUGUUGUGUUACAAUAUGGAAUUCAAACGCCCCACGCUUUGUGGCACCUAUUUGAUUUAUUACUUCAACAAUAAUUAGAGAAGUUGGUGGGAUAAGACAUAAUAUAAUAGUUGUCAAUGCAAUAUAUUUUUUUAAACUUGAACUUCAAUUUGUUUAUUCAAAUUCAAUUAACAUGCACUAAGCAGAAUGGAAUCAACGAAUCUUAACUGAAAUUCAAUGAUUGGCUUAGUUCAUGGACCAAUCAUUUGGUUAAAUUGUUGAACAUUUACUUGGACAGAAAUGAAUUUGGGUAGCGUCGUACUUUUCAAUCUUAUCAAUUUAAAUAAAUUUUGUUUAAUUGAUGAAAUGUUGUGAGAUUAAUGCACAUGUCUAACUAUUAUACUCCACUUAGUUUUAGUCCAG